CGCACUCUGCUUUCAGUUUAUUUACUUUUACAUUUUUCACUUUCGUGACUGUCCACUGUCGCUCUAAUUCUUGAGCAUUCUAGAGAUUUUUUCUGCCAGUAAAAUAAAAAUUUGCUGAAUCUGAGGGCGAAAAAAGUAAAUCAAGACCCAGAUAAAAAUGGCAACAAUGAUUAAUUUCUCAGAACUGGAAAAGGAAGUCUUUCCCAAUAAUUCAAUAAUACUUGAGAACUAUUUCAAAGGGAAUUUAUUAUUUUUAAUAACAAUUCCUAAGCAAACAUUGCUUAAUUCCAGUGAAUUUACAACAAGGGCAACUCUACAGGAAUGUCCAAAGACAAUCUGUAUUAUUAGUUUUAAGAAAAUUAGUAAUGUCAGUUUAACUGGAGGUGUAAAGAUUUCAAGACAAUCAGGAAAUCAGGAAUUUGCAGUAACCCUCUACUAUUUAAAUUCUGAACGUAAAAUUGAUUUAUCCGAAACAAUUAAUGUACCAUUCGAUAUCAGCAAUACUGUACAUUCAUUUGUGAAUUCAUAUAAAGUUUUACAAGCAAACCAAUCAUUGCCAAUUGCCAAUCAAGUUCCAGUGCAGUCAAAUUAUGCACAUUCUGUAUUUGGUCCAAAAAUGAAUAUCCUUUAUGCGCAAGCUACUCCAGUCACAUAUAGUCAUCUUCCAAAUAAAUUUAUUGGCGACAAUUUGCACAUUCUAUGCAAAAUAGAAAUUAAAAAUGCUCCAGAAAUGCAGAAUGCUGGAAAAACGAAAAGUUUCCAAAAAUUCGUGUCAAUGUUCCAGGAGAAAGUAUUCACUGAUUUUAAAAUUAUUUCCAAUGGACAAGAAUUUUCGGUUCAUAAAGCAGUUCUUGCACAUUCAUCGCCUGUUUUUAGGAGAAUGCUGGAAAAUCCUUUAAAGGAAUCUCAAACGAAUCAAGUGGAAAUCAAUAGUUUUGAAGCGAAUAUUAUCGAACAAAUGAUACAUUUUAUGUAUUCUGAUGAAUUGAAAAUAGAUGAAGAAUUAUCUCAAGAGACGUUAAAAGAACUGUUUUUGGUCGCGAAUGUGUAUCAAUUGGAAAAUUUACGGAAACUUUGUUUAAAAAAGAUUUGCGAAUCGACAAAAGAUCUCAGUGGGGUAAUCGACGUUAUUUUACUCGCCGGCUCCGAAAACAAAGAGGAAAUGAUAAACUUCUUGAAAGACAUUCGUUUCACUCUUAUGGUAAAUAAAUAAUUUCCUUAAGUUUCUACAAAAUGAAACUAUUAAUAUUAAUAAUAAUUUAAAAAAGACUAUUAAUAUUAAUAAUAAUUAAAAUAAAACUAUUAAUAUUAAUAAUAAUUAAAAUAAAACUAUUAAUAUUAAU